AAUGCCCCAAGUGUGUAUUUUUAUUCCUGAUGCCACAUGACUGUGUAUCCUGCAAGCUUCCCUUUCUCUGCUGUUAAUUUUCAUUGCAGUCAUUCUAAGUCCUGUGCCAGCCGUGUUACCAUACUAGCUUCUCUCUUAGCUCAGUGUGAUGCCUCCUGUGCUGACGUUCUUCGUGCAAUGCUGCUGCUGCUGUGCCAGCUUCGAUCUCAUCUCGAGUGGACAGAGAUCUUGUAUGAGGAGUCAAGACACCUUCUGACGUCUGCAAGGAAUGAAUCUUCAUAUCGUGAACAUUUUAGAGGUGAAGGAUGACUCUGCUCACAGGGGGAAGGAAAAAGUGAAAGGAGCUCUAGAGAAAAUACUCAGUUUAUAUGCUUUUUCCUAGCCUGUGAUAUGAAAAGCUGUGUUGGCGGUUUCUUUCUGUCCCGACAGGUGUCUUUAUUCUGUCUCUUCUGUGGGGAGUCGUACCAGAAACAGUUCUUCCUUAGCUGGUGUGUACUGGCAGCAAAAGCAGAACCAAUAUUUCUUCGAACUCAAACAGUAGUUUUUCAGGAUGUUUUUCCCACUUCUGCAUCAAUAAAGAAGAAAGAUGAAUGCUAACAGCUCAUUCCCAGCCAUCUUUUAAUGGUCAUAGUAUUUCCCUUGAGGGAAUGGGAAGAGACACUUUCUCUAUCCAAUACCUGGCACCUCUCUGUACCAGCCCAACCGCCUGUUAAAAGGAAGUUUUAAUUCCUAAUGGAAAUUCCCUUGUUUAUAGACUUUAGUAGUUCCUAUGCAAUUACUUUUCAGUUGUUCCCCAGACGUAAUUAUUGAGAUUAUCACUAUGUAUUUAAAUUCUCAAUGUAUCCUGCAGAUGUUAUAAACCAAGAAGAGGAGUCGCAAAGAGAUUUAUUAAUUCGCAGUCAGAAGGAUGCAGUAGUUGCAUGAGAUAUAAGCAUGGGAAGAGAGGAGGCUUUUUAAAUUAGAAGGUUCUUCAAAACUGGUAUUUUCAUUUCCGUCUUGGGCACAGCGGCCUGCUCAUUUAUCAGAAUUCAUUCCCAUGUGUACAGUAUGAGUUUCUUUGUUCUGUCUGCUUGUAGGAUGACUCUCAUCCUUCCUGGAAUCAAAUCCACCCGUAUGUGGUGUGACUGACCCCACCAGCUUUAAAAUAUGCCUAGGCAAUGGCUCUCUAGAUUGUUUUAAAGCAUUUUCCAUGGGCUCCAGCCUUCGUUUCUGUUAAAACUUCUCUGUACAGUGUAUAUGUCCUUGGUUUUUUUUUUCUUCCUUCUCUUAUUUUAUUUUUUGGUAUCUGUAGUUUUGUACAAUAUUUGUCAGAUGCUGGCUUGAUGUGAGUUUCUAGCAGUGAUGUUAGGAUUUGUGUUUGUAAAUAAAGAGUUUUGUUUUAUUUCCUAAAGUCAGUGAGUAAGUCUUGGCUUUUCCAUGCAACUGUGGUUAUGUUGUGGUAACAUUUAGGAAUCCUGGUGCAAACACAAGCUUAUUGUGCCUUCACCACAGCUAAUGUGGUGGAGGUUGGGUUUUUUUUUUUUUAAGUGUGGCAUUUGUUUGAUGAUGGUGUUUCCGGAGAGAGCAGUAAUCUAUGGUGUAAGAGAAGCCCUGUGCAGCCGAGUGCAGCCUAGGCACAGACAUGGGAAAGGGAAUCAUGAAGUGUGCUAGGUGUGAGGUUUCCUCCAGGGCAACUGAAUGUGGAAAAUCCAGGAAGUAAAUUCUCAGAAGUCUUCAUUUUAAUCAGUGAAGGACUGUUAGGAAGAGAAAUCUGGAUAUGCAUCAGCAGAGCUGUGGAGGAAUGCUGCAAUCCAACUCCUUUCUGCAGUCUGCAAUUCAGUUGUUGGUAAGGAGACACCGAUUACCGAGCUGCCUUGACCAUAGUUCAAUUACUUCAUCAACAAUAAGUAACUUUGAUGUUUUUCAUUAAGAACUUUCCCAGUAGUGCCUGAAUUCUUUCAGGAUGCUUGAACAUGAAGUGAAUUGUGCUGGGGUGUCUCCUCUCCAAGCCAUUUGCUGCAGUGGCAGCAUAUGAGCUGUUUCUGUUUUACAGGCGUGUUGGUGGAAUGGGAAAUGUUGGCUCAGCCCUCUCUGAUGGCGUGUAACAUGUUGGGGUGCAGACUCGCAGCUCCUCUGAGCAAUGCUGCGAGGCCAGUGCUGUUGAAUCCCUUCUGAGUCUGACAGUGGAUGUCAAGAGCCUCAUUGUGCUGAGUCCUCGUGUCAGAGGACUUGCUUUGGCUUCUUUAUUCUCCCUAGCAAGGUUUGGGGCUGCAUUGUAACCGAGGCAACCAGAUGAUAACAUCAGGACCACAAACGCAGGUUCACAGAGUCGUUGGUGAGUGACCACCCUGUGCCGAGUGACAAACUACUGUUCAGCUUCCCUUUGAUGUCAAUGCCAUCAGACUGGAGGUUGAAAUCACGUUUUCAUGCUCUUGGUAGUCUUGUGGUUUAUUGACUACUGAAUUUGUGUACCUGUAGAAAGGAGCAGAUGUGAGUGAUAACCCUGAUAUGAAGACCGUGUGGAAGAGCUUUAUCCUUGGGAUAUUCCCUUGUGCUUUCUACCUGCCGUUGGUAGCUUCUGUUGGAAAAGUUACCGUCCCAGCAGAGUUGAUGACAGUUGCAGUGAAAGUUGCAGUCAAAAGCACCCCCUGCAGCGUCACCUGUGGGAUGGGCUUCAAGAUAGAGGAGUUGUGUGAGAUCACUCCUGACGGAGAGAAGAGGGAUUGUACCCUGCGCAGGACUGACUGCCUGACCAGCUGGCUUUGUGGUACCCUGUACUUCACCAUCCCUGUAGGUAAAUUUUUCCAGAUCAGCUGCCUGACCUUGGGCACAGACAGCUUUGCUAACCGAACCUGUAAGUGGGGGCUUGCCCGUGGCCUCAUCACCACAAAGGAUGAACUCUUCAAACCUUUUGAAAACCCCGAUUCCUUUGUCAAGUUUUCCCCUGUCAGGGAGUCUGAUGCAGGGACUUACCGAUGUGAUGUGCGGAUGCUGAAGACAUUGAGAAUCAUCAAGAGGAUCUACUUUGGAGUCAGAGUAAUCUGGAAUGAUUAUAUGGAGCUAAACUUCCGAAAAUCUUUGACCCGGGAACAGGAGUUGGCAGCAAACAAGGAGGAAGGAGGCACAGAAAACACUACCCAUGAAGAAGUGCAAGAGCAGCAGCGCUUUGGGCAAAAAGAAUUGAUUUAUGAGUACUUGGUAGGAAUUGGAAGUGGAGUGGCAGUGGGUGUCCUGGUGAGCGUGGCUCUCUGCUACCUAAAGAAGAUUUUGAGAAGACGAGCUGUGAGGAAACAAGCUGAGGUCUAAUGCAAUUGUUUGUCUCUCUUUAUUAAUAUUGAUGCAGUAUUCCCUGGCGAUGUAAUUUUUUUCCUGGCUGAUACAGUUUAUUACCAAAUAUUUUCUUGAGCUGUGGAGUCUGGUAAGUUAGUACAGGACUGUAGCAUCCAAGCUUGAGUCGAAAUGGAGUAGGGCAGGCCUUAUCUCUGGAUGGGGCAAGGCAGUUUGCCCAACAUUGUGUGCUGGGAUGGUCAGGAAUGGUCCAGAUGUGAGUUAGAGGACACAGCCACAGAAACUGCCCACUGCUUGCUGCUAACUAUCUUGCUCUACUCCUCUAGCGGGCCUUUAUUUUACCUCUAGGUGUUUGGGCAGUUUUAUUUAGCUAAUAACUUGCAAUUCUCAUUCCUCUCUCAGGUCCUUGAAUUCUGCUUUGCCCAGAAUGCUGUGGUGAUGUGAGUGAUGCAGUUCACUGUUUGGUAGACUGUGUUUCUCCACAUUAAUAGAGGUGUGCUGUGAGCUGCAAAGAAGUAAGGAAUCAAGGUGGGCUUUCAAAUGAGGUUUCCUGGCUCUUCGGAGUCCUCUCCAUCUGGUUUGAGGAGCUGUGGGGAUGAGGGUUGGACCACCACAGUGUGCUUCCUAUAGAGGGAUUUAUCUCC